UCCAGACAGCUCCAGGUCAGGAAGGUUGAAUGAGUGUUCAGAGAGCGAAGGGUUUCCACUGGAGAGGCUCACUAUGGCAGGACUUCUCCCAUUCUCUCUGCUGUUAUUUUCACGUUUUGGCUUCUUUGUCCUCGUUUGUGGCCACCUGGCUGAUUUCACAUCAACAGUCAAACCCACUGUGGUUUCAGGUGUAGAUCCUGCAACAAAGAGGCUUUCUUCUGCAUGGACAUCCAAUGCCAAAGAGGUUCCCACCACAGAUUUCACAACCAGUUACAGAAAGUCAACAGCUGAAACCACUACAGAGAGCGUGAAUAGGAAAGAAGGUCGGAAAGAUGUGAGAAAAGAGCCCACGACAAAAGAAGAUGAAGGUCCUCUGGAAUUGGCAAAAAGAACCAAAAGGAGCCUUAAGUUAGCAAAGAAGUUGGAAAGGGUCCAGGAGAAACCGAAAGUUAUUCCCAGGAAGUCAAAGAUCAAUAAAACAACAAAAGCACAAAUCAAUAAGGGCUCCCAUCACCAGUUACCUGCCCCACAAUGUCCCCCUCUGGGUCUGGAGUCACUGAAGGUGAAAGACUCUCAGCUGAGGGCUUCGUCCUACAAGCGACGAGGCCUGGGACCUCACAGAGGCCGACUCAACAUCCAGUCUGGAAUAGAGGAUGGGGAUAUCUACGAUGGGGCCUGGUGUGCUCGGUACAAAGACAAGAAGCAAUGGCUGGAGGUUGAUGCCCAAAGGCUGACCCGGUUUAUUGGGGUCAUCCUUCAGGGACGCAACUCCAUCUGGAGUUGGGAUAUGGUGCAUACCUACAAAGUGCAGUUCAGCAAUGACACACUGCUCUGGAAGCCUUGCAUGAACGGGAGCAAAGAGGCUAUAUUUGAAGGAAACCAAGACCCAGAAACUCCCGUCCUCGCCCUCUUUGACACUCCCACAGUGGCACGCUACAUUCGAAUUAACCCACAGACGUGGUAUCAGAAUGGCACACAGGGAGACAUCUGCCUCAGGGCUGAGGUUCUAGGAUGUGUUCUUCCUGAUCCCAGUAAUAAUUAUGCAUGGCAGACAGAGCCAACGGAGUCACAAGACAGGCUGGACUUCAGGCACCACAACUACAAAGAGAUGAGAAAGUUGAUGAAGUCCGUGCAUGAUGAAUGCCCCAACAUCACUCGCAUCUACAGUAUUGGGAAGAGCUACAAGGAUCUGAAGCUCUACGUCAUGGAGAUUUCAGACAAUCCUGGAAAACAUGAACUGGGAGAACCAGAGUUCCGCUACGUUGCAGGGAUGCAUGGGAAUGAGGUCCUGGGAAAAGAGCUUCUGCUCAAUUUGAUGCAGUACAUCUGCCAGGAGUACAAACUAGGGAACCAACGGAUCAUUCAUCUGGUCAAAGAGACACGCAUCCACCUCCUGCCCUCAAUGAACCCCGAUGGAUAUGAGAUGGCCUUUAAGAAGGGCUCUGAGCUGGCAGGCUGGGCUCUGGGACGCUACAGCUACGAAGGCAUUGACAUGAACCACAACUUUGCUGAUCUCAACUCAGUGAUGUGGACCGCUAUCGAGCUGGAAACAGACCGGUCCAAACUCAUCAACCACUACUUCCCCAUCCCUGAGCAGUACACUUCUGAGGAGGCAUUUGUUGCACCUGAGACCCGGGCUGUGAUCAGCUGGAUGCAGACAAUCCCCUUUGUUCUGGGUGCAAACCUCCACGGGGGAGAGCUUGUUGUCACCUACCCAUAUGACAUGACCCGGGACUGGGCGCCUCGCGAACACACUCCCACCCCAGAUGAAAGCUUCUUUCGUUGGCUCGCUGCAGCGUAUGCCAGCACCAAUAAGGUCAUGUCCAACUAUGACCGGAGGCCGUGCCACAACAAGGACUUCCUCAGAUACAACAACAUCAUCAAUGGGGCCGACUGGCACAACGUACCUGGAAGUAUGAAUGAUUUCAGCUACCUGCACACCAACUGCUUCGAGGUGACUGUGGAGUUGUCUUGCGAUAAGUUUCCUCAUGCCAGCGAACUUCCGGUGGAGUGGGAAAACAACAAAGAGUCUCUGCUGGUCUUUAUGGAACAGGUCCAUCGUGGGAUUAAAGGUGUGAUCCGGGACAAAGACACCAAAGAGGGAAUAGCAGAUGCCAUCAUUAAAGUGGAAGACAUCGAUCAUCACAUCAGAUCAGUGGGUGAUGGUGACUAUUGGCGCCUGCUGAAUCCAGGCGAGUACCGAGUGACGGUCAGCGCAGAGGGUUACCUCCCCUCCUCCCGCACAUGUGACGUCAUGUACGACCACUUUCCCACAAUCUGCGACUUCUACCUCACAAAGAUUCCCAGACGGAAAGUGAAGGACAUUUUGGGAAAGGAGGGGAAACGUCCCAAAGAUGCGCAGCAGAGACUGCGGCAGCUACGCAUACGUAAACUGCGGGUCACCACCAAGGCCAUCAACCAACGCCGUGCAGCGGCAAGACGGGUGUGAGAACGAAGCAGGACUUGGUUCAGACACACCAAAACAUUCUGGAUUUAGCUUUUUUUCUUAUUUGAAAGUGUAUUUAUCAGGGCAGAGCAGGCGAGUACCUCUGCUGGGGAGCAGCAACAUAUGACUCUAGGAAUGGAGAUCAAUCACUAAUAUUUGUUUUAUUUAUAUAUAAAAGGAAAAUAUUCAGUAUCAGAAGAUAUUAAAUGAAACUUUAUUAUACAACUGAAAUUUUACAUUACAGAUUAAAAAAAAAACAAUUCCAACAAUA